AUGGAAGCAAAUACACAGUAUGCGCUACACGACAGCGAAGCGACGCCACCAGUCUGGGCAGCUCGUGUCCGUCUUACGCCCGAAUUGCUGGACAAACUUCGGCAGGAACCAGCUCAGGUCUCACUUCGGUUGAAUGUGACCAAAACUGACGAAUCGUCCAAAACUCGCGACAGCAAGAAAAAGACGAGUCUACUGACGGUCGAUCUAGCGGGAACCGAAGAGCAUUACGAACUGCUUUCGUUUUCCGAAGACCCGGGUAUCAACCACGUCUGCACCUUUCGUCGACCUGUAGAUAAAGAUCACGCGAGUGGCUACACUAUAUACAAGACGGGCGAGAUUCACCAGAAGCUGUUGGUACAGCGGUUGCUGGAUGAUACGGAGAAGGACCGCAUCAAGGACAAACACGCAAAGUCCGUACUGGCGUCCAAGUCUCGAUCAUCGAAAAUGAUCGACUCCAAGCUGGGGCAGAAAAAUGGCAAGCGGCAGACACGUACGACGAGGCUACUGAGUGCGUCGAUUCCAAAGUUUUCUACUAGUGCAGCCAGCGGUCUCAAGAGGAGAUUAUUGCUGCCUUCUGCAUUAUCAAAGGAAGACGCCAAAGACGCCAAAGAGAAAAUCGAGAGAGGUUUUAUGGUGGAGAUGGAAGCGCAGGAUAAACCUGUAAGCCAAGAGCAAGAAAACAAGAUGUCAGCCGGAACGGUAGUCAACGGCCAGACAACCGCUUCUGCUCGCGAUGCGGACUUCCAUGCUCUUUUCUCGUCAGAAUCAUGUGAGGAAGAGAGUGAUAUCAACAGUGGAAGCCGAGUGCUGAAAAAGCAGAAGACGUGUGAAGCGACAAGAUCGAAAAAUGAUCGGGCUGUCGCGGCCUUGAACGACAUUGGUCUGGCCACGGACAAGUCAAUGUCUACCACAGAGGACGAUGUGGCUACAGGACGAGAUGUGGAUGCCAACGCGCAUCAUGUGGAGUUACCAAAAAUUGAAAGUAAGUGUGAUGCAACUGUGAAUGCGGUCGACGCUAGUGAUGGUACUCAGUUGAGUCAGGCAGUGGACAUCUGUGCGGUAAAGCCUGUCAAGCCCUCGUCUUCUGGUGCCGAAGUCAAGCGAGCUCGCGUGCGUUCAGCGCUUGUGUCCGAUCGAGUGAAGCUGGCUCGACCGCCAGACGUGUCAUCCUAUCCGUCCGUUGUUGAAGAAAUCUGUCAGCGGGUUGCACGUUACCAUGGUCGGUCGGCAAUUCUUGACAAGAGCGACUACGACUUGUUUGUGGCAACGCACGAGCAGUUUUGGCAAGAUUGGGAAAUGCUCGAUAAGAUCUACUCCAUUGAGAUGAUCAAGACAGAGGGUCUGCACUUGCAGCUUGAAGUAGCGACAGAAGACGCCAAGUGUGCGGAGCUGGAGGCGAGGAGACAGGUAUCCUCCAAAAACAAAGCGGUGGGUACUACUCACCACUAUCACUCUAAAUUGCCCAUGCGCUGA